AUGCUCACAAUUCUAAAAAUAUCUUGAAAACUUGUCGAACCCACAUUAAACCGAACCAAAGCCAGUGGUCCAGGGAGGGCAGGAAAUGACCAUAACUACCCUUAACUACAAGCUCCUGCCUUUUUGUCUCUGCAAAACCGAUCCAUCCAUCGACACCACCACCAUGAGCAACGUUGCAACUAAAGUCGCAGUUGUUGGAGGUGGAAUAUCAGGAGCAGUAUGUGCAUCAACACUAGCAAAGAAUGGAAUCUCUGUGACGCUCUUCGAAUCUGCUCGAGGCCCUGGUGGCCGCAUGUCUCAAAGAAGAGAAAUAUCUGAAGAUGGGAAGGAGCUGUUGUUCGACCAUGGUGCUCCAUUUUUUAGUGCGAGCAACAGUGAUGUCUUGAGGCUUGUUCAUGAAUGGGAAUCUAAAGGUCUUGUUGAAGAAUGGAAAGAGAAUUUUGGCUCUUUUGAUUGCAUCUCAAAGAAAUUUCUUGACAUUGAACAGGAAGCACCAAGCAAGAAAUAUGUUGGUGUACCGGGCAUGAAUUCUAUCUGUAAAGCAUUAUGCAAUGAGACUGGAGUGGAAAGUAAGUUUGGUGUUAGUAUUGGGAGGUUGGAGUGUUUAGAUGAUGAAAAAUGGUCUCUGACGGGUUUGGAUGGUCAAAAUCUUGGUCGUUUUAGUGGAGUGGUUGUGUCUGACAAAAGCAUAGCUUCUCCAAGAUUUACAGAUGUGACAGGACGUCCACCACCUCUUGAUUUGAGUUUGACGCCAGAGUUGGCAUUGAAGUUACAGGAUAUUCCUGUUAGUCCAUGCUUUGCUCUUAUGCUAGCAUUUUCGGAGCCCUUGUCUUCAAUAUCUCUAAAGGGCUUCUCAUUUAAAAAUUCUGAAAUUUUAAGCUGGAGUCAUUGUGACAGCAGCAAGCCUGGUCGUUCAACUGCGAGUGAACGAUGGGUAUUACAUUCAACAGCAAAUUAUGCAAGAGGCGUAAUUGCUCAAACUGGCCUUCAGAAGCCUUCAAGCGCAACAUUAACAAAAGUAGCUGAAGAAUUGUUUCAAGAAUUCCAAAGCAUUGGGCUCAAUAUCCCUCGGCCAUUUUUUAUGAAAGCUCAUAGAUGGGGAAGUGCUUUCCCAACUGCGAGCAUAUCGAGGGAGCAGAAAUGUCUUUGGAAUAGGAAGAAGAGAUUGGCCAUCUGUGGAGAUUUUUGUGUGAGUCCAAAUGUCGAAGGUGCGAUUCUUAGUGGCCUGGCUGCUGCUUCAAAGCUUACGGAAAUGCUUAGUUGCUUAUAAGCUCUGUCCUGUUGCUUUUUGGCUUUUGUUUCUUUCUGUUCUUUCCCCUUUCAGGUAGUUUUCUGAUCAUUUCGUGGUCAUGUAAAAUGCUCAACUGCAAUUCAAUCCCCACUAUAAUGCACGCUCUUGAAACCCAAGAAAACAAAUAGUGCUGAGUUCACAGCUUUACGAGUCCAAUAACUCAGCCUUAUAUAA